AUGUCGACUUUGAACGUUUUGAGAUACUCCGCAGUUGUUUUGGGUGUGGCCGUUGGCUUCAAGACAGACUUGGGUUUGAAAUCGCAGGCUUCGAGAAAAUCGGAAGAAAAAGCUUACGCGGACAAGCUGCAAUUGAUCGACCAGGCGAAGGCCGAGUAUGCCAAGUUGCACGCUCCAAAGAGCGAGCCUAAGGGCUCUGCAGUGAAAUUGGACCUUGAAGACCCUAACUUGGACUAUUCUAAGGCCAUUCUAGGUGCCGUUGAGUCCUUGAAGCAGUAA